AUCUCUGAGUGAGCUUCCCUCUCUCAAGUCGCUAUAUCUAGCCAACAACAAUUUCCAAACAUCUAACCAUGCUAAUGGUUUUGAGAAGUUUUCUAAAUUAAGAAAAUUGGAAUUCCUCGAUCUAAGUUACAAUAUGUUGACCAAUAAUAGUAUCUUAUCAUCUUUGAGUGAGCUUCCAUCUCUCAAGUUUUUAUAUCUAGCCGAAGACGAAUUUCAAGCAUCCAGCCAUACUGAUGCUGAUUUAGAAAAGUUGUCAAGACUUGACCAUUUGGAGGUGCUUGACCUAAGGGGAAGAAUAAACUUCAGCUACAACAUCCUAUCAUCUUUGGCAGCUCUUCCAUCUUUAAAAGCUGUAUCCCUAGGAGAUGGUGAAAUAAAAAUGAACCCGAGUAAAAGAGGUUCUCAUAACUUGUCCAAAGUGGAAGAGUUGUUCCUAGAUUAUUCUAUCCUCCCAACCAACUUCUUUCAGGACAUUGGAGCAUUGACUUCUCUCAAGGUUCUAUCACUGUACGGCCACGGACUCAAUGACUCCUUAACAGUCCAAGGCCUGUGUGAAUUGACACAUCUUGAAGUGUUGGAUGUUAGGUACACUUAUUUACGGGGAGCCCUGCCUUCAUGUUUGUCAAAUUUGACUUCUCUCCUGAGCUUAAGCCUCAAUUCAAACAAAAUUUUUGGAGAUAUAGCUCUAUCACCCCUUAACAAAUUGACAUCCCUUUAUCACCUGUCCCUUUCAUACAACCACUUUCGAAUUCCCAUCUCCCUUCAACCAUUCUUCAACCAUUCAAAACUCAAGCAUCUUGAUGCUAAAAAUAAUGAAUUUUACAUAGAUACCAACAUGGAAUCUUUGGAACCAACUUUCCAACUAAAUACCUUAGUUUUGUCUGGUUGUGGAGAUUGUGGAGCAAUUCCAAACUUCCUUUACUCUCAACACGACCUGGAGUUUUUAGACCUCUCGCACCUUAACCUAACUGGAGAGUUUCCCAUUUGGUUGUUGGAAAACAACACAAGGUUGCAGACACUUUCCCUGGUUAACAAUUCUCUCUCUGGACCUAUUGAGUUGCCAACUCAUUCUCAUAUGAAUUUGGAAGAUCUAGGCAUCUCCAAAAAUUUCUUGGAUGGGCAUAUUCCAAUGGAGAUCGGAGCAUCUUUCCCAAGUUUACUAGAAUUAGACAUUUCAGAAAAUUCUCUUAUUGGCAACAUUCCUCCUUCAAUUGGUGAUAUGGAGUUGUUGCAUUCUUUGGACUUAUCUCACAAUAACUUAUCUGGUGGAAUACCUGAGAAGUUAACCAUGGGUUGCUUAUCAUUGAGUUUUCUUAUUCUAUCAAACAACAAUCUACAAGGCCAGAUUUUCUCUGAGAAAUUUAGCUUAUUCCUGUUGGAGGAAUUACAGUUGAAUGGCAAUCACUUUUCUGGAAGUAUCCCAAAAGGCUUAUCUAACUGCUCCUAUCUGUCUUUAAUAGAUUUCAGCAAUAACAAUCUCUUUGGUAGGAUCCCGAGCUGGAUGGGAAAUAUGUCAUACUUGCAGGAAAUUAUCAUGUCCAAUAAUGGUCUUGAAGGUCCAAUUCCCAUCAACUUUUGUCAUCUUCAAUAUCUUCUAAUUCUAGACCUUUCAAAUAACAAUAUUUCGGGGAGUCUACCAUCAUGUGUCGGCCCAGGGAAUAUAGUUCAUGUUCAUUUAUCCAAAAAUAGGCUAGAAGGAUCACUAACAACACAGUUUUGUAAGAGCUCUUCUCUAGUAACGCUAGACCUUAGUGACAACCAGCUAAGUGGUAACAUCCCAGAUUGCAUCAAUAUGCUUGGUGAGUUGAGUUAUCUUAUCUUGAAGAACAAUAAUUUUGAAGGUAAGAUCCCAUUUCAGCUAUGCAAGUUGCAGAGAUUGAGCUUGAUUGAUCUAUCUCAUAACCAUCUUUCAGGCCGGAUACCCUCUUGCCUAAAUCUUACUACUGAUGAGCUAUAUUAUGAGGACAAUCGUCUUCUUUUUGGCAGAGGUUCAAUUUUUUUACUACUUUUCAAGGAUACACUUUCUGUUGGUGAACCAGUGCAUUUCACAACAAAGAAUAUGGCAUAUUCUUACAAGGGAAGACUUCUCACCUACAUGUCUGGAAUAGACCUUUCCUGCAACAAACUGAUUGGUGAAAUUCCUUAUGAAAUAGGGCACCUUACCAAGGAAACGAAAUCAUCCAUCUGGCAAACAAAACCCAUUUUGUUUCUCAUGGCAAUUUCCUUCUGCGUUUGUGCUACUCCUCGCUGGACCAACUCAAGCAUUCCUUCAGUUAAACAAUGCAAAUUCGUUGGUCCAUCUGUGAGCAUUGCCAAUUCGGAUCAUAACAGUGAUAAGCUCAGAAACUACUGUCCUGUUGAUGAUGUUCAAAUUCACUCUAACCCCAAAAAUUCACAGUGCUUUCAUUCCCCUUUUCUAGAUGUGAAGGCCCAGGUUGAUGAUGAAGAUAUGGCUGUCAUGAACCAUAUCAGGUCUGAUGACUGGGUUGUGAUGUUGGAUGAGCAUGGAUUGGAUAUAGGGUCUGAGUGGUUUGCUGAAUUAGUAGGAGAUGCAGGAGGUAACGUAGGGAACCACAGCUCACUAAAAGGUUGCUGACAUUGAUGUAUUAAUUUAUCUAUAUGGAAUUGGAUUUGCUCUUGUGAUUAAUGAUCAGCAUCCACUGUAAUUAGGCAUGUGGUAAUUUUUUGAUCAGCCUACGCAUAUGGUUAUAUAAUAGCUGAAUCCUAAAUGCAAGCAGAAAAUAACAAGAUUCAAGAAAAGAUUCACAAAUCAGAAAAACAAAUGACUUACAGAUUCAGUAUGACCAGUCAAAGAAUGAACUAAGAUACCAUCA